UGCUGAUAACACUUACUGAUAACGGUCGGUUUUCACUUCCUGGUUGCAACAGCAUGGAAUUCAAAAGGCUAACGUAAGAGACGAUGUGCUCCAAAAACGACGUAAUUCUGCCACUGUCGUCAGUUCUCCCGACGACGUGACCUAAGAACGAAUUCCGAACAAUGGCCGCUACGACGAAUAAACUACGAGCCCUGAUCAUGGGUGCCCCGGGCUCGGGCAAAGGUACGGUAUCUGAACGCAUAGUGCGUGCGUUCGACAUACUUCACGUAUCAAGCGGCGAUAUUUUGAGGAAAAUGAUACGAGAGAAAACCGAUAUCGGUGUCCAGGUGAAAAAAUUCGUCUCUAGCGGGCAACUCGUGCCGGACGAGCUCUUGUUAAAGGCCAUCGACUCCGAGUUAAAACGCUUGUCGUCGGCCGACCGCAGUUGGCUACUAGAUGGAUUUCCCAGGACUAAAGCACAAGCUUUGAGCCUGUUUAAUGUGGCACCUGUCCAAGUAGUCAUCAGUCUUGAUGUACCUUUUGAGGUCAUCAUAAACCGAGUAAAAGGUAGAUGGAUACAUGCACCAAGUGGACGGGUAUACAACAACGAUUUCAAUGCCCCUAAGGUACCAGGUCAUGAUGACAUUACUGGCGAACCACUUGUGCAACGUGAAGAUGACAAGCCAGAAUCUGUACAAAAACGAUUAAAAAUAUAUUCAGAGAUGGCCGGUCCUAUAUUAAACUACUACGCCAAGCAAAACGUUUUGGUGCAAUUUUCAGGAAAGACCACCAACGAGAUUUGGCCUCAGGUCUACAAAUACUUGGCCACUAAAAUUGAACCCAAGGAAAAACUCUAAUAAAACUGUAUUGUAAUAAAUUGCUAAUGAAAAAAAUACCGUUUACACUAUUAUAUAACUAUAUUGUUCAAAGCUAUUUAUAUA